GGAACCAGCCCACCCACUGCCCAGACAGUUAGACCCACGCCAGACAGUUAGACAGCUAGUGAGAGAAGAGAACCUCGGUGGGUUUGAAGAGCUAUAGACAGUCACCCACUUACAGAUCCACGGUGGUUCAGAAGGGCUUGGCUCACUCAUUGACUAGCUAUAGACUGACAGUGAUAGAGUCUAGAGGAGGAAAGAGGCCAGAAGAGAAGAAGAAGAGCUUUGUGUGUGUGUGUGUGUGUGUGUGUGUGUGCGCGUGUGUGUGUGCGCGUGCGUGUGUGUGUGUUGUGUUGUGUGCGUGUGUGCAUCAUGGCAUCAGGAGGCCAUGGGAUGAGGGGUAGAGGGGAACCCCUCCACGCACCCCACCUCUCUGACAUCUACGCCAACAGUGCUGUCCAGCAGCAGGACUAUUCUGCAACCAUCUGGCUCCGCAGCAAAGAGAAGCUGGAACAUUCUCAGCAGAAGUGCAUAGCCAUCUUUGCUCUGCUGUGCUGCUUUGCUGUGCUGGUGGCUCUCACCUUCUCCGCGGUAGACGUCUGGGGGGAGGACGAGGACGGAAUCACAGAAGAGAACUGUAACAGACACUGUCGCAUUGUCCUUGUGGAGAACAUUCCGGAGGACCUCCCCCUUUCCGUAGAUAGUACAACCCACGUGCCCCUCUCCACAGGUCUCAACAGCCUGUUGGACCAGGCCAAGCACUCAGUGGAGGUGGUAUCUCCCGUCUGGAACCUCAACUCAUGGGACCAAGAGACAUGGCCCAACUCUGGCAAACAGGGCCAGCUCCUGUUCCAGAAACUGCUCAACCUCAAGACUCGGGAGGUUAAAUUGAAGAUUGCCAGCAGUCUCACAGACUCUGCUGAACUGCAGAAACUAACAGAGCAUGGUGCCGAGGUUCGCUUUGUGAAUAUGUCAGCUCUGACCAGAGGCGGACUGCACUCCAAUUUCUGGGUUGUUGAUAGGAAGCAUGUGUUCAUUGGCAGUGCCAGCAUGGACUGGCGAUCACUGUCCAAGAGGAAGGAGUUGGGGGUGGUGGUUUAUAACUGCAGCUGUCUGGCUAUAGACCUCCAUAGGGUCUUCUCCUUUUACUGGCAGCUCCAGUACAGAGACUACGUCCCUUCUAUCUGGUCUAAGAGAGUCACGGCCCUCUACGGCAAGGACAACCCCGUAACGCUGUACCUCAAUGAUACAGAGGUUACCGCUUAUGUGUCGACCUCUCCUGACCUCUUCUGUCCUAAGGAUCGGGCCAAGGACAUAGAUGUCAUACAGCAUGUGAUGCAGGAGGCCAAGUUGUUCAUCUACAUCUCUGUCACAGACUACCUUCCCCUACUCACCAGAAGGUCUGGAGGGUCUUUAGUUUCAAGAUACUGGUCUCCUAUCGAUGAGAUGAUACGUGAGGCUGUGGUCCUGCGAGGGGUCAAAGUUCGCAUGCUCAUUAGUUUCUGGAAGCAGACCCACCCGCUCACCUUUAACUUCGUGAUGUCCCUCGAGUCACUGUGCAUGGAGCUGGCCAACUGCUCCCUAGAAGUGAAGUUUUUUAGCAGGAGGGAGCAGAUGGCUAAUAGUCAACCAGGAAUCAACCACAAUAAGUACAUGGUGACCGACAGUGCUGUGUACAUAGGUAGUCACGACUGGGUGGGGAGUGAGUUUGUCUAUAACGCUGGGACCGGACUCGUCAUCAAACCAACACAAACUCUCAAGGAGAGGGGCGCCACAAUCCUGGAACAGGUGAAGGCUGUAUUCGAGAGAGACUGGCAUUCGCGCUACGCUAAAACCCUCCAGGCCAGUAAUAGGACUCCAGAGGGUAGCAAAUACAGCAACCUCCACAACAACCAGAGGUCAAGAGUCUGACGGAUAACAAGGAGAGCAAAGAGACCUGGAAUGAGUCUAACGACCCCUGUUAAUAAACUAUCAGCACAACUUUCCCUUUAACUUGUCAUGAAACAAGGGUGUAUUCACUAGGAACUAAACGGACGCAAACAGGCCGAAAGUGGGUGGGACCGAAUUAAAAAUGUCCAAUAUGAAACUCUCGUUUUCAUGGGCAAAAAUGUUUCUGUUGCAAAACGUUUUGCUGCGGUUUGCUGUGGUGCGUACUAAUGAAUGCACCCCAUGUUUGAUGACGGCCAAAUAUGGAUUACCCCGAAGAUGCACAAAUCUGGUUAUGUGGACCAUUAUAUGCACUGUUAUAAGCAUGAGCAGCAUGGAGGCCGAACAAAAACGACUAUUCUAAUGGUGUCAUUUCUUUCAGGACCUCUACAUUUACACACACUGAAGUAUAUAUGCAUUUUGUAUUGUCUGAUUAUGCAUUCAGUUUGACAAGAAUACCUCAGUAUUUUAACCUUUUCUAAUAAUCUAUAUAACCACUAAAAAAAUCAUAGUAAACAUAAAAUGCUUUGCCUUAAUUAUAUUUCACAUGCUUACAUGGAGACGACCUCUCUUUCUAGACUUAUUGUCAUAUAAACAAAUACAAUACAAUAUAACUGGUAGGAUGUUACCUGUGUGCAAUUGCAUUGCAUGGCAUGCCUUUUGCCUUUUGGGGGAACUGCCAAAAUGCCCCCCUUCCUUCUCAGUACACACAAGCUCAAGGACAAGAGGCUAAUUUAACCUAGAACAGAAGAAUAUCAUUAUACAGAAGCCAGUAGGCCUAUGUAAGUUGGAAUGAUUCAUUAACAUACAUGGAAUGUACACUAUAUUUAUUAUAUAUUUAUGAUACAGUUUCGUCUUGUUGAUCCAUAAUAUAAUGUGAACUUAUUUUAUACUUGACUGUAAUAAAAACGAUACCUCGUCCUUAUUUCCACUGUUCUGAAACAAUUCCAACUGGAAGUAGCAGAAGAAACAAAGGAUAUAAUGGGGGGGGGGGGACGACAGUUAACUUCAUGCCUAAAAUCUAUGUUUUAUAAUGCUAUUCUACACAUUUUGUCAUGAGACUAUGAGAAAAUGUUGCAGUUUUAAAGUAAAUUGCCUACUAUUUACACAUUUUGCCAUGAGGCUGAGAAAGAAUUUAGCAGUUUAUAGAUAAUUUCCUGCAAUUUUACAGAUUUUGCUAUCAUACGCUCCUACCCCCCAACAAGAAAAAGUUGUGUUAUAAUAAUUUGGUUGGCGGCCCCCUGGAGAUCGGGGCCCAGGGCACGUGCCUUGCGUUCGUGCCGGGCACCACAUGAAGCAACAUCAGGAGUGUGGUAGUACUUAUUUUGAACACAUGAUGGUGCUAUAGUAUUAUAUUGGAUAUCAAAUGGCUCUGGGUUGUCACUGUGUAAAUGAAUUCAAUGAGAGAUGAGAAUUACUUUUUCAUGUUCAGUUAGUUGUAUCUUCACCGCAAAGUUUGAUAUCAACAUUUUUAGUAAGUUUUAUUAUAGACUAUUCAUGUUGAAAUUACAGCCUAGGCUUAAUCGUGUUGUAAAUUGUUAUAAACAUGUAAUGGGGCCUAUCGUUUGAUAGUUUUUUUGUUUGGAUUUGGAUUGCGGUUUAUGUAUCCCCUCAACUUGCAUUAUAAAAUGUUUUGCACUU